AUGCCAUUUCUUGGCCAUUCUGCAACUUGUGGUGCCUCAUCCUACCACGCACAUUGUUACAUUCCGGUAACGUCUGCUGCUCUUUCUUCCAAUGAAGUAAGCCCUGCCUUUGGGCUCUGCUUACCCAGCAGCUGUCAAGGAAAUCUCUGGCUGCUAGAUCACUGCCAGGAAUCCUACUGUGAAGCACCAAGCUGCAACUCUCCAAGCUGUGAGCCUACGCCCUGCGCAGCAAGCUGUGAUUUAUCCAACUCCCGUGGGUCCUGCAACCCACCAUCAGCGGGCCCAGUCAUCACUGCCUGUGAAAUCACCAACAGCAAACCCAGCCCAAGCUGCAACCCAGGCAUUAAUGCUAAAGGGUAUGUAUCCAGCUGCGACACACGAGCUCCGUGUGCAUCCAAAGCCUGCCAGACGCUUCACCACGACUCUACCUGCUUCGGGCAAUUUAGCUGCUCACACAAGAGUCUCCAGCCUCGAAAUUACUGCAGACUGGGUAAUUUGGGGUUUAGAUCAUACCAAAAUCUUGGCUUCAUCCCCAGUGGCUUCUCACCAUCAUGCACUAUUGCCAGCAGCUACCAACCCCAAUGCUACUUAACGAGUAAAUGCCGGUAUCCAAGUUAUGGGUUUACAAGCUGCCGACCUCUGAACUAUUCCUUCGGAAACUUUCGGUCCCUGAGCUGUAUACCCAGUACCUUUCCACCACUGAGAUAUUUAUGCAGCGGGAGCAGGCCUCUGAGUUGUUAUUGA